AUGUCCCCGAUCUCCGUCAGCAAAGGCCAAACCCAGCCCUCGGGCGCCGAUCCCGCCGAGUCCUCCUUCACGCAGAUGGCCGACAAGGACCUCGAGUCGAUCGGCCGACACUGCCAGUUCGAAUACUGCCACCAGCUCGAUUUCCUCCCGUUCCGCUGCGAGUCCUGCCACGGCACCUACUGUCUCGACCACCGCAGCGAGACAGCCCACCGCUGCGCGCGAGCUGGCGAAUGGGCCCGCCGACGCAACGGCCAGACCAGCACCAGCACCUCCUCCUCCGCCUCCGCCGCCACGCAGAAACCCACCAUCUACAACUCCGACCAGUGCGCCCACCUACAGUGCAAGACGCUGAUCAACACGCUGACGGACCCGGGCGUGCGCUGCCCCAACUGCACGCGGCAGUACUGCCUGAAGCACCGGCUGCGGGAGGAGCACGACUGCGCCAAGCCGACGGCGCCGCGCGGCGGCGCGGCGGCGGGCGCGCAACACGCCAACGAGACGCUGAAGUCGAUGUUCGCGCGCGUGCGCACCUGGGGCAAGGAUAAGAGCGCCGGGCUGGCGCCCACGCCGAAGCCCACCAGCGCCGCCGGCCGCAUGCAGCAGCUGAACGCCAUGAAGCGCGCCGCCAAGGGCGACGCCGCGGUGCCGGCCGACCGCCGCGUGUAUCUGCAUGUGGCGGGCACGGCGGAGACGGAGCGUGCCGAGGCCCCCGCCGGCGACUUCUUCUUCGAUGCGCGCUGGAAGGUCGGCCGUGUGCUGGACGACGCCGCGCGCCGGCUGCACGUCGAGAAUGUGAACAACCGCGCCGGCGAGGAGGCCCGUCUGCGCAUCUUCCACGUCGAGUCCGGCGAGUUUCUCGAGUUCUCGGAAUCAAUCGGCGACGGGAAGGUCAAGUCCGGACAUACCAUUGUCUUGUUGCGGGGGGCCGGUGUGGCGCUGGGGAAGUAGGGAAGUCAUUGGUUGUUUCUUUUUCUUUUUCUUUUUCUUUUCUUUUCUUUUCUUUUUCUUUUUUUUCUUUUUUUUUGCAUCAGCGAGCGCGGUUUGAUUUAUAGAAGU